AUACCAAAGAACCCUUGAUGGUCGAAUUUUACCUUCUUUGAAUACCGGCACCACCGGCACGACACUUUCCUUCGAGUUCGUAAAGGAGUCGGGUGGGUUGUAAAAUGUGCCUGCAAUUUGUUGCAUGGUGCACGGUGCAGGUCGUUAGCCCUUCACUAGUUGCAUUGUUGCCUACAAGUGCCCCAACUUACCUCAAACCUCCAGGAAGUCCACUGAAAGUUAUACACAGGGAAAGGAUUGACACUGAAUUCAGCUUACAAAGGUCAAGAAAACCAAAAUCAUGGAGAAAAUCAACUGUGGACCAGUUGUGGAAAUGCAGGGAGAUGAGAUGACCAGAGUGAUCUGGGACCUCAUCAAGGAAAAGUUAAUCCUGCCGCACGUGGAGCCAGAGAUCCACUUCUUUGACCUGAGCAUCCAGAGCCGCGACGCCACCGACGACCAGGUGACGGUCGACUGCGCUAACGCCAUCAAAAAGUACGGCGUCGGCAUCAAGUGCGCCACCAUCACUCCGGACGAGGCGCGCGUCAAAGAGUUUGACCUGAAGAAGAUGUGGAAGUCGCCCAACGGCACGAUCCGUAACAUCCUUGGCGGCACCGUGUUCCGCGAGGCGAUCCUGUGCGCCAACAUCCCUCGGCUGGUGACCGGCUGGACCAAGCCCAUCAUCAUCGGCCGCCACGCGCACGCCGACCAGUACAAGGCCACCGACCUGGUGAUACCGGGCGCCGGGGAGCUUCAGCUCGUCUUCAAACCGGCCGACGGAGGGCCCGCGCAGACGCACACCGUGCAUAACUUCCAGGGAGCCGGUGUGGCGAUGGGCAUGUACAACACGGACGAGUCGAUCGAGGCUUUCGCGCACUCGUCCUUCAAGUACGCUCUGGAGAAAAAGUACCCACUCUACCUCUCAACCAAGAACACCAUCUUGAAGAAGUACGACGGCAGAUUCAAGGACAUCUUCCAGGAGAUCUACGACAAGCAGUACCGUCCCCAGUAUGAGGCCGCCGGUAUCUGGUACGAGCACCGUCUCAUCGACGACAUGGUCGCCUACGCCAUGAAGUCCGAGGGCGGCUUCGUCUGGGCGUGCAAAAACUACGACGGAGACGUGCAGAGCGACUCUGUCGCGCAGGGAUAUGGCUCCCUGGGCAUGAUGACCUCGGUGCUGAUCUGUCCGGACGGCCGGACGGUGGAGUCUGAGGCGGCCCACGGCACCGUCACCCGGCACUACCGGCAGCACCAGAAGGGCAACGAGACGUCCACCAACCCCAUCGCGUCCAUUUUCGCGUGGACCCGCGGCCUGCUGCACCGUGCCAAGCUGGACGACAACCCGCGGCUGGGCGACUUCUGCCGCGCCCUGGAGGCCGUCUGCAUUGAGACCAUCGAGGCCGGCCACAUGACCAAAGAUCUGGCCAUCUGCAUUAAGGGCAUGGCCAACGUCACCCGCGGCGACUACCUCAACACGUUCGAGUUCCUCGACAAGCUGGCCAGCAACCUGGUGGCCAAGCUGUCCAAGUGACGGUGCCGACUCUAGGGGCCCGCCGCUCCAGUGGACUCUUCGGCGACCCAUAGACCAUGACCUGACCCCGGGUCAACUCAGGUGGCGGGAACAAAAUACGUGGCCGCUGUUUUCUCAGGCCGCCGUUUGCCAUACAGGAACUUGUUCAUCCUCCUAAGACGUAAUUAUGAGGUUGUGUUUUGAUGAAAUGCACUGGUUGGUCUUGCUGUUAUAUUCCACCCAUGACGGUUAACAAAUAUUUUAUAUCAACUCAUCUUUCAAUAGAAUGGUGCACACUUGUUUUAGAUUGAUCUACUUUGUCACGAUGUGUCAUGUGUUUGUAAGAUUUGCGACACGUUUUAUCCGUUCAUUAUCCCACUGUAUUGAGGCGAUGUGUGAGGAAGUUACGCACUAUGCAAGAGGCACGACCGCCCGUGUGCCAUCGCUCAACGAUGAGUGGUGUUGGAAGCUUGUUACGGAAGACAACUGACCGCCGACAUUCCCUACGCUCGCAGCCGCGCUCAAAUCAUAAUCGGGAUUAAAUAAAAUACUCCUGGUCUCAA